AUGUAUCAAAAUACCUUGAGAAAGAACAGAUCGGUGCUAUACUGCGGCAACAAGAGAAGAAAUCUGCUUGGAAGACUAUUCAGUUGCAGCACACACGUAAAAACUGCAGAGCUGAAGCAUGACCAAAGCUUGCAGUUUGAAAGGAUGAAAUCAGAUGUGCUAAACUUUCAAGAUCAGCUCCAUAAUAUGAGCACUGAUGCAAACUGUAGUAGUUCUUCUCUUAAAAUAGAUGGCCUACAAGAAAUAGGAAAUUAUUCCCUAGAUUUCCACAAGGAAAACGAAUUCUGGAAGUAUACCGAGUCAAUAGGCCCGAAUAAUGUGAAUCAAUAUCUAUUGAGUGAGAAAUAUCCAAGGUCACUGGCACCAGAAUAUUGGAGGCACCCAAUGAAUUCACCUCAUGGAAUUGAUGAUGUAAAGGAUAGAACUGAACACAAUGGUGACUUGGAUUUACAAAUAAGGAACUGUUAUAAACUCCGAGGUAGGAAAAAUGCUUUAGUUUCAGCUGUACACUUCAUAGGAAAAGGAGUAUCUCGGGUGCAGUCACUUGGAAAUACGACAAUUAGCAAUCUAAUGAACAAUCUGAAGAUAAAAUGUGAAGAACUAGAGUCAACCGAGGAUUCAUCUGAUGAUAUGGAGUACUAUGAGACUGAGAAUCAUAACGCUGGUGCAGAACCUCUGGAGUCUACGUGUUCCUUACAUUCUCUUAAUGAUCAUACCGUGCCCAAUAUUGCCUGCCUUCAAAUUGGCAUUAUUUUCCGUUACAUGUGGUCCCGAUUUUGCUUUAAUAUUUGUAUCAAAUCAUUAUUCAACACACUGAGUUUGAAUUUCACGUAA